UCGAGAAAACAAUUCGAUGAUUUCUCGCUUGUCUGUCUCGUCACCGCUUGAUCAAUGAAAGUGUAUGGGUUAUACAAGUUAUAUCUUCGAUAUCUUCUGUAGUAAUCUUCUCAACUGAAUCAAGUGACUUCCUGAUUUACAAAGUAUCCAGGUUUUCUUGUGUGGAGUCCUUAGGCAUAACCAGAACUGAUUGAGUUCUAUUGCAAGAAUUGAUAUAGUUGGUGAUAUGGAAUCCGAGGCAUCAACUAAUGUCCAUCAGGUUAUUGUUGAUACAAAUAGAAGACACUGGGAUGGGAAAUCCAAGUUACCUUUGCAUAUUUCAUUAAAUCCCUCAACCAAAAAGAUUACAAAGAGGACUAACUUGGGUGCAUUCAGUGGCCUGUAUGGUGGUAGCCAAACUGCUUGCAUGAGAUCUGCACAUAAGUCUUAUACAGGUUUUACUAGAAGUAGAGUGCCAAAACAGCUGAUGUACUAUCAGAGUGGUAAAUGGAGUGAUUUUCCCAGUGAUCUGGUUGAUAUUGUUAAAAAAGAUCUCUGGAUGAAUAAAGCCACUAGUCAGGUAGAAUUCAAUGGUCAUACAUUUGUUCUGGAUUUUGUACAUAUGAUGCUUUUGAACUUGAAAACUGGUUUAGGACAAUCAAUUGCCUGGAUUGAUGAAGCAGAUCAACGUUUCUUUCCAGAGACCCUUAUUGAUGAUGACGAGUUCCAUAAUAGUAGCUACCAUGAUGAAACUGAUGGUCAAAAGCAUCAAUCUGAAAUGCCUCAUCAGUACAACAACCUCAAACUGAAGCUAAAAGCUGAUGUGGAUGGAGUAGAUUGUCAAAGGUUGAUUGAACAUUCUGAUGAAUCAAAUUAUGGGGUGAGAAUGCCUAAUGUUGGCAACUAUAAUGCAGAAGUUGAGGUGAAUCAUGUAGAAACUGAUCAACUAGAAAAUAAUUUGAUGGAUGGCACUAGUGCUGAAUUUAGAAAUCUUGAUUCUGAUAUCAUAAGGAAAAUGUUCUUCAUGAGCUUGGACUCAUCUGUUAAAGCAGAGAUUCUCCAAAUUUUUCGCAGUUCUGGUACUUCAGCAGACAUUCGUCUGGAGCUGUUCCAGAAGCAACUCGAAAUCACCAAAAAGUACAGUGGUGAUGCAAAUGUUCGAUAUGCUUGGUGUCCUUUGCCGAAGGCUGCACUUUUCAGUAUCAUGAAGUAUGGGAUCCAGCAACAGCAAGUCAUGCCCACAACCAAACCCACAUAUGGUGAUGGUUUUCAUCUGACACCAGUAAACUCUGCUUCUAUCGGUAAAAACUAUUUUGACGGUGACGAAAAUAGGGUGCAACAUAUGGUAUUAUGUCGUGUAAUAAUGGGGAAUAUGGAGGUUCUUCAUCCAGGAUCCACACAGUUCCAUCCUAGCAGUGAAGAGUAUGAUAGUGGUGUGGAUGAUCUUGCUCGUCCCAGUCGUUAUGUAGUGUGGAAUAUGAAUAUAAACACUCAUAUUUACCCAGAAUAUGUGAUCAAUUUCAAGGUGUCUUCUGAUGCUGCAGGUAUUAAUGCUGUAAAUGAGAGUAAGCUUAAAAUUUCAUCAGUCAAUCCUUGUUCAAAGGGACUUUCGGCCAAUGCUGCAAUGGUUUCCUAUAUACCUCUUCUUCCUCUGUUUGAUGCACUUACAGAUAAAGUACAUCCUAAAGAUAUUAAUUUAAUUCAAAAAUAUUAUAAAUUGUUACAGAUGAAGAAGAUGAGGCGUGAAGACUUUGUCACAGGUCUGCGAUUGACCGUAGGUGAUUCUCUAUUGAGACAGGCAUUUGCAAAUCCAAAGAGUGAACCAGAUGCUGCACCUAAAGAAGGAGGAAGGGUAGGGAGUUCAUCCAACCCUCCUCUAGAAAGCAACAAACAGCCUUCUCCCUAGUAAAAAAUGACUUUGGAGAAAUUGACUGAUAUCUGCAAGUAUCCUAACUGUGAAUACUUGGGUUUGGAACUUUUCUUUGCAACUUUUUUUUAGGUUUGGUUUCAUUUCGAAAGGAUCAU